AUGAACCAGCUUGAAGAAACUACUCCUCCACUUGAACAUUCAACUGAACCUGUAACAACUCAUACUCGUAGCAAAAUAGUAUUACGAGCGAAUAGAUCUACUGCUAAACCUCGUAAUUCUAACGGUGGGUCUGGUAGUUCAACUAGAACUUAUAAUAAACGUGAUAGUAAGAAAAAUAAACUUAUAAAAACACGGAAUAAAAAUAAUAAAGAAAUUAUUAAUACGUCAAAAGAAGUAAAUGAAAGUCGAAUAAUUCCUGUUGAAGAACCUCCUAGAGAAGAACUACCUUAUGAUAAAUUUUUUCCGGAUUUAAAAUUAGAUGAAAAAUUGGUUGUGGUUUAUAUUUCCUCUAAGGAUAUCGCUGAAGAUCAAGAAGAAAAGGAAAUUAAGGAAGAGUCCAAGAUAGUGGAAGAAGUAAACGUUGAAAUAGAGGCCAAAGUUGAAAAUCAUUUAUUAAAAACGCAGGAAAAUGGUGAUGUAAUUGAAUAUAAGCCGAUUAUUGAAAAUAAUAUACCAACCUCUACUUCUGAAAAUGAUGAAAAGAUUCAAUCGGAAGAAGCUGAACAAACGAAUGUAUUCUUAGACAAUCAUCAACAGGAACAAGAAAUAUUGUCAUCGAUAAGUAUUGAACUUUCCAUUAAAAGUUCUGAGAGUUCUAUAGAUUCAUUUGCUUCGCUACCAAAAAAUUUUGAAGAAGAAACUUUCAAAGAUAUAGAGGACAUUUCAUCAUCAAAAGACUUAAUUGAAGAAAUAAUUGAAGAAUCAAGUUCGAAAACUUUACUUCCUGAAUUAAUAAAAGAGACGAAAUCUUCUUUUAUUAAAGAUGAUUAUGAAGAGGAAGAUGAGGAUGAUGAAGAUGAGGAUGAUGAUGAUGACGUCGACGACGACGACGACGACGAUGAUGAUGAUGAUGAUGAUGAUGAUGAUACCGAUAGUUUUAAAAUUUCAUCUCAUGAUGAUAUUGAUGAAGAAACUAUUGAUGAGGAUGAACAAGAGGAAAUGCAAGUUGAUUUGAAAUUACUGGAUACAAAUGGUGAUGUUACAGUCGAAGAAUCAGUCGAAAAGGAAAUGGAAUGGACCCUUGCAAGCCCAAUAUUAUCAGAUGAGAUAGAAAAUGGGGUAAAAAAAGAAGAAGAUAGCAUCUUUACAGAGUGUCCUUCUACAGAUAUUAUUACAACAGUGGAGGAUAAUACGCCAACUGUACAACAACCUCCUGUUAAAAAGCUCCCUGUUCCUUCAUUUAAACGUAUCAAUUACAUUAAAGAGGAGCCCGAAGAACCUUUUAUUAGACCGGAAGGUCAUUAUAUUCGUCAUGUUGAAUUAUCGGAAAAAGAGCUUGCGGAAAUUGUUGAAUAUGAUAUGGAUGAACAAGGCAAAUAUACUCAUUUAUUUUUUUUUUUCUUAACUUUAAAUGAAGAAAGAAAGAAGGAAGAUUUAGGCGAACUUACCGCUGAUGUAUUUGAAGCUGUUAUUGACCGAUUGGAAAAAGAAUGGUUCGACUUAACCAAAAAUUUACCGAAAGGAAGUGCGGAUAAAGACAGUAUGACCCCAGAGGAUUCAUCUUGUGCUAUUUGUGAUGAUGGAGAAUGUGAAAACAGUAAUGCAAUAGUAUUUUGUGAUGGAUGUAAUCUUGCUGUACAUCAAGAUUGCUAUGGAAUUCCUUAUAUUCCUGAAGGACAAUGGUUAUGUCGUAAAUGUAUAGUUUCGCCAGAGACACCAGUGUCGUGCAUAUUUUGUCCAAACGAGGGUGGUGCCUUUAAAAAAACUAAUACAAAUCGGUGGGCACAUUUACUCUGCGCUUUAUGGAUCCCCGAAGUUGGAUUAUCGAAUACUGUAUAUAUGGAACCUAUCGAUAAUAUAGAAGGAAUUCCACGUGGACGAUGGAAACUAAAAUGUUAUAUAUGUGAGAAGAGAAUGGGCGCAUGCAUACAGUGUCAAAAUACUCAUUGUUGUACAGCUUUCCAUGUAACUUGUGCAAGAAAGGCGAAACUUUGUAUGAGGAUGAAAUUCCCCGAUGAGAAUCAUAGUCAUUAUAUUAUGAAGGCUUAUUGUGAUAAACACACACCUCGAGAUUAUAGAGAACAUGUCGACGUUGCAGCCACACUCGCAGCGGCACAAAAACUUUUAAUGGAUCCUGUACAAACAGGAAAGAAACGUAGACACGAUAUUGACUAUGGAACUGAUGAAUCCGAUGUUUAUGUUCCGAGUGAUAGCGAUGUUGACGAUAUAGAAGACCAAUACAUUGACAGAACAGAAACACCUUCACGUAAAGCAAGGAAACGAAAGCAAAUAGAUGACGUAACGAGCAAUCGUAAAACGAAUAGAGCUUUACGUAGCUCCGAAAACGGGAAGGUUACUCAAACUGUUGAAAAUAAAAAUUCCAAAGCUGCCCGCGCGUACAACCACACUUAUACUGAUACGGCACCAGUAGCGCCAGCAAUUAUAAUGGAAAAAUUAUUGCCAGUGUUAUCAAAACAGAAGGGCACACUGCGAAAAAGGCAAGAGCUCGUUGCCACUAUUUGUAAAUAUUGGUCUUUAAAGAGAGAAUCUCGACGUGGAGCUCCUUUAUUGAAAAGAUUACAUCUUGAGCCAUGGACGGCCUCUGCUUCUGCUCACAAACAAUCUGAGGAAGAAAAAUGGGCCAAAUACUUGGCAAUGACUGACCUUCGUAAGGAUUUGGAAAAAGUAAGAAUGCUGGUGGAUUUAGUACACAGACGCGAAAAGGAAAAAUUAAAGAAGACAAGGUUGCAAGUGAAAUAUCUUGAAACAAUUCUUUUCCCUCUUGAUUGUAUUCUUCGACCAGUAUUAGAGGAAAUUGCGGCGCUAGAUAAGAAUGAAAUAUUUGCAAAGCCAGUGUCGAUUGAGGAAGUUCCCGAUUAUUUGAUACAUAUAAAACAUCCGAUGGACUUUGGGACAAUGCGCAAAAAGAUCGAUGCACAUGAAUAUAGUCUUGGUAAUGGAAUGCAAGAAUUUAAGGAUGAUCUUGAACUUGUAUUUCGUAAUGCUAUGACAUAUAAUACUUCUGAUACUAUUUAUUAUCGAGUCGCUAAGAAAUUGCAGACACAAUCACAACCCAUUUUGGCCAGGGCUGAGCAGGAUUAUACUGGAUUAAAUAUAGAUCCAGAAAAAGGUGUUUUGAAUGUCCAAUUGCAUCCAGAAAUUUUUACAUAUAAUUCAGAUCCUUUAAAAAUACUGGAAUCUAAAAAGAAGGCUAGUAUACCAAAGAAAAUAAAAAAGACGCGCGGAAGGCGUGGAAAUACAACAGAAAAUGGGGAAGGAUCACCACGCGUUUUACGUAGUCGCACAAAGACAUCAUCGAAAACGGAUCAAGAAACUAAAGUUGAAGAUUAUAAAAUAAAAGAAGUUUUGGAUGGCAAGAAAUUGCCAAAAGGAUGGAUUUAUUUAACAGAUGAAGAUGAAGAGGAGGAGGAAGGAAUUCAAGAACAAAUUCCACCUGUCAAUGGAAUUGAAUAUCAAGUUCCUGUCAUCAAUAAUGAUAAUGUGAUUGCUACUCGAACAAGGUCUCGAAAAAGUAGUAUGUCAGAUAUUGCAAAGGAAAAGGAAGAGAUCGAAAUGCCAGUUGUAUCAAAAGAAGCAGAAUCAUCAGAAGUGAUUAGACGCAGUCGAUCCAAUAGCCAAAUUAUAAGCGAGACUGCAUUGGUAAAUACUCCAAGUGAGAUGAACUCAGAAUUCACUGUACAAACACGUAGCCGAAAAGGGUCUAUUGAUUCAUCAACUGCCGAAAUCACAAACAUUCCCUUCGGUAGCUUGGUUUGGGCAAAAAUGCAAGGAUUUCCUUGGUAUCCUGCUGAGGUUGCAGAUCCAGAUAAAGCAAACAUUACAUCAGCAAUCCGAGCAGACAAGAAGGAAGCUGAUACUUACUUGGUCCAUUUUUUUGACGAAAGGAAACUUGGAAAAAAAAAUUAUAAUCGUAGCUGGAAAUGGGUUCCAGCAAAUAAAGUAGUUCUUAUGGGAGACGAAAAAACAGAUUUGUCUAAAUUAAAGGAUAGAGGAAUGAAAUCCAAUAUGAAAAGAGAAAUUCCGAAUGCGUAUGAAGCUGCUUAUAAAUCAAGAGGACUUGAACCUAUUCUGCUAGAUCAACUUGCAAAACCAGGAAUUAUUGUUCCAGUAAGAAGAAAUAGUCGUAAUAAAUAA